AUGAUGGCUAGGAUUUUCUAUGUGUUACUCCUGGUUUGGUUAGUCGCAGCUGACCAGGAGGAGGUAGAAGGUGGCAAGUGCGAGAGGAUCAGUCUGUCCCAAUGUCAAGAUCUUGGAUACAAUUGGACUGCUAUGCCCAAUCUUAUGGGCCACAGAGAUCAAAAGGAAGCUGAGGAAGCGUCGACAGUAGCAAAAUGU